AAAAAGAAAGAAAAAAAAAAACCAGAAAAGAUGAGCAAUAAGAACAAGCUAAGCACAUCAAGCUCAGAGCUGGACCUGGAUCGCCCUAACAUUGAAGAUUACUUUCCUUCUGAUUCUUUCCAACAACUUUCUCCUCCUCACAAAAAACUCCUUUUGCGUGAUUUGCUUGAUAUAUCACCGACCUUAACAGAAGCUGCUGGAGCCAUUGUUGAUGACUCAUUCACGCGAUGUUUCAAGUCAAACCCUCCAGAGCCUUGGAACUGGAACAUAUAUCUGUUCCCAUUGUGGUGUUUGGGGGUGGUAGUUAGAUAUGGGGUUCUGUUCCCAACGAGAGUUAUUAUUCUAACACUAGGAUGGAUAAUAUUCCUCUCAUGCUACAUUCCUGUGCAUAUGCUACUAAAAGGCCAUGAUAAAUUGAGGAAAAGGUUAGAGAGAGCUCUGGUUGAGUUGAUUUGCAGUUUCUUUGUGGCAUCAUGGACAGGGGUUGUCAAGUAUCAUGGUCCACGACCAUGUGCAAGGCCAAAACAGGUAUUUGUGGCCAAUCAUACAUCAAUGAUUGAUUUCAUUGUUUUAGAACAGAUGACUGCAUUUGCAGUCAUUAUGCAGAAACACCCUGGCUGGGUUGGACUUCUGCAAAGCACUAUUUUGGAAAGUGUGGGAUGUAUAUGGUUCAAUCGUUCUGAAGCAAAGGAUCGUGAAAUAGUAGCUAGAAAGUUAAGGGAACAUGUUGAAGGAGCCGACAACAAUCCUCUUCUUAUAUUCCCUGAAGGAACUUGUGUAAAUAAUAACUACACUGUUAUGUUUAAAAAGGGUGCAUUUGAACUUGGGGCCACUGUCUGCCCAAUUGCGAUCAAGUACAACAAGAUUUUUGUUGAUGCCUUCUGGAAUAGCAAAAAACAAUCCUUUACAACCCACCUAUUGCAAUUGAUGACAUCAUGGGCCGUGGUUUGUGAUGUUUGGUACCUUGAGCCUCAAAAUAUGAAGCCCGGAGAAACAGCUAUUGAGUUCGCAGAAAGGGUCAGGCACAUCAUCUCUGUUCGUGCAGGUCUUAAGAUGGUCCCUUGGGAUGGGUACUUGAAAUACUCUCGCCCUAGCCCAAAACAUAGGGAACGCAAGCAGCAACGUUUUGCAGAGUCAGUGCUCCGUCGGUUGGAAGAAAAAUAGAGGUUAAAAGGAUUUUAGGAUUGUGAUGCAUUUCUGCAAAGAUCAAUGUCAAGUAUAGCAUGAACAAACAAGAAUGCUGGUAUUAUGCCAACUCCAUGUCAGGAUGUGUUUUGUUGUGAGUGGGCUUGAUGAUCCUACUGGUCAUGGAUAAUAUAUAUCUGUGCGUUCUCCUUCGACUUCUGUAUUUAUUAGCUUAUGCUUCAUACUGGCUUUAAUUUAAUUUAAUUUUUAUUUUCUUUUAGCAAGAAAGAUUAGUUUGCAAUGCUGUAUUUACCGAUCUGGUAGAGAAGUAAAACCGUAAAAUAGCACUUGUGUUCUUCUUAUGUAGGACAACAACAGAAUUCUUACUUUAAUGCAAUUUGUCAAUGUAAUUUUUGUAUCA